GUCACACUGGAUACGAGAAUUAGCAGCUAAAUAAUGUCAGCCACGAACAGUCGUAUUCAAAAACUCCUCCGGAUUCUCGGACAGAAGAUAUUGGGGAAAAAUGUGCCUCAAGAAAUAUUCUAGCAGAAGUGGAAGCCAUGUUGCUUGAAGAUGAGGGCGACAUUUCUCCCAGCUCCCAAACUGUCCAGUAAGUACAUUGCCGUGCGGAGAGCAAAAUCCAGGCAGAAGAAAACGUACUGCAAAGUAAACUACACCGAGAAGGAGAUAGAGGCCCACAGCUCGAAAGGUUUCCGUCGUGCCCGCAAGCAGGGGAGAGUGGAAAAACCACCGAGAAUCUGCGACCUUAAGAGCUACAACAUUACCAGACACUCCCGCAAAAGGGAGGCGAUCAAACAGCGCCUAAGCAGCGUAAAAAAGCGUAUCAUGCGCUCCCUUGAAAAUUAUGUGUCAAAGCCAGUCGCUAUGAAUCUAAAUGACAGGCGUCUGCCUUUAAAAGGCACCAGCAUUAGGCAGGAAUUGACAUAUCAAGUCACUGCUGUAGCUACAAAAUUGCCACGUGACAAAUUUGAGUCUAAAGAAAACCGCGUUAUGUUAACUCAAGCGAUCCAGUCUAGUGAAAUGAAGCCAGCAUUUAUCAACCAUUUGAGCAGGACAAAAACUUUAGCUAAUGUUAGUUUGAUUAGGCCAGCGUUAACCUCGUCUACAACCAAAUCUGUAGUUAAGGAGAAAUCGGUCCUGUCCGCUUUGACAAAUCGAAAUAGUACUACAAAUAGCACUUCUAUCACCUCGGUUCCUGCUAGUCUGCGUGAGCCAUUGGCUAAAAACGAGGCAAAGACUUACAUGAUAAGUCCCAGGCUCAACAAACUGCGAUCGAAAUUCAAUAACUCUCUUUGCUCUAACAUUUCUGGUCCACCAAAACAAUCAAAAAUGCCUUCUCUAUUGAAAAACAGUUCAGUAAAUGAACUUCCAGCUGUCUUGGAAUCUACGAACCCUCCCAAUUUUGAUUCGGAACAGCCUUAUGUGGUGUCUACGACGAUAAAACCAUCCAUUCGUCCAUGCCACAGUAGGCCAGCUGUUCAGACAGACAGAAACAUCUCCCAUCAGCCUGUAGCUAGAAGAUCAACCGUGAAUAUAGAGCGGGUUGAUAUUCUGCCACCCAUCAAUAUAAAACAGAAGAUAAAAAUGUCAGCUAAGGAUAUACCGUUUUUGGGAAAAUAUAAUUAGCUCAAGUGUUGCCAGUCAACAACCAUCAGAGUUGAAUGCCACAAAUAAUACAGUGGAUCAGCCCCCAAAGCGUCCAGAGCGCAGAUCUUCGCUAACGGUCAUCUCCAGUAGCCCAAUUCAGGCUAAGAAACCCAUGACAAGGUCUUCUAUGACAAGAGAAAACACAUCUCCUGAAAGCUCACGAAUUCUUCGUUCGGGAGCAGUUGAAAGUCCUGCAAAAGCCAAGAAACGUACAAAAGACAGUUUUGAAGAAACUAGUUCCUCCAAUGAGAAAGGCGAUGCAAAACGAUCCAAAUUAGAGCACAAUAGAUGCUCCAUGAACUUCAGUUUGUCGGCGAGCGUUAUAGAGUAUAUCAGGAGUGAUUUGAAAACAUCAAAGUUGGAUUUAGACAGCCUCCUUCAGUUGGCUGAGCCCCUAGAAAGCGAUGCUUUUGAGAACACACUAGUGGAAGACCAAGUU